AUGGCACCGCAAGAGCUGAGCGGCAACGUGAACCUGGACCAAGGUGCAGUGAAGAACCUCAUGGAGACGCAGCUUGAUCAGAAGGACCUCCCUCCUGAGCAGAUUGUGUUCUUCGUGCGCCAUGGGCAAAGCCGAUGGAACGCCGCGCAGGCGAACCUAUCGCCACUGGGUAUGGUGUGGGAGAAUGACCACGGCCUGUCCGAGGAUGGCCGCCUCGAAGCAGAGGAACUCAGGCAGAAGCUAAUGGACGCCAAGGCCCGGGUGAUGAACCCACAGGCAACCUGGAUGACCAGGAUCUUUGACCCUGACGUGGUUUGCAGCUCGCCCUUUACCCGCUGCCUCGAGACUGCCUGCAUAGCUUUCAAGGACUUCAUUCCGAAGUCUGGGCUAGAAAUCUUCCGCGAGGCGAGGGAGCACAAGAAGCUCGGAGGCUUCGAUUCAACCGGCGUUGCGUGCGGCAAGGACAUUCCAGAACGAGUCCGAGCUGAGCUGGAAGCCGUGUACCAGGCCAGCCCAGAUUCUGAAAGGACAGAAGCUGUGCUCAAGGACUUCGACACGAUCCACAUCGACACGUCGACCGUUGAAGACGAGUGGUGGGGAGGCAUGCUUGGCGAAAGCUAUGCUGACAUAGACGAGAAUCAGCAGGCGUUGAUGCGUCGACUCCGGAGCAUGCGCGGCUCCGUGGCGGGUGGUGGAGCUGCAACCGUGCUGGUUGGCCACUCCUACUGCAUCCGUUCCAUCUUCGACGCCUAUCUUCCGAGCAGUGCAACGCCUGAUGCGGCUUCCCUUCGCAGCAAAGCGCUUCCAUGCUGUGGAGUCGUCGGGGCCAGGAUUGUUUGGACCGAUGCUGGCCUUCCGGUCAUACGCGAGGCCAUCCCACUGCUGGCAACCCAUCUUGAGCCAGCAGAGCGCGAAGUGGACGGGCAGGGGAGCCGCGCCAGUAGCUGUGCUUGUGGGCGCGGCAAGGUUGAUUGCGUGAUCUCAUAA